AUCAGGAUGAAAUUGUGGUUUCAAGUCCUGCUUAUUCGCCAACUUGACUUAAAAUAAGCACAGUUCCUGGAUUCAGUCUGAUAAUGUAUUGGUGGAAUGAGCGUUGCGUGUGUUUUGAAGAGAAAAGCAGUGCUCUGGCAGGACUCCUUCAGCCCUCACCUGAAACAGCAUAGUCAAGAUACAGCUAAUCCCAACAUGCCUGUUGUUUUGACAUCUGGAACAGGGUCCCAGGCUCAGCAACAGCCAGCUGCAAAUCAAGCCCUUGCAGCAGGGACCCACUCUAGCCCUGUUCCUGGAUCUAUAGGGAUUGCAGGCCGCUCCCAGGACGACGCAAUGGUGGAUUACUUCUUUCAGAGGCAGCAUGGUGAGCAGCUUGGGGGAGGCGGAAGUGGUGGAGGCAGCUAUAAUAACAGCAAACAUCGGUGGCCUACUGGGGAUAACAUUCACGCUGAACAUCAGGUUCGAUCUAUGGAUGAAUUAAAUCAUGAUUUUCAAGCUCUUGCUCUGGAAGGAAGGGCUAUGGGAGAACAGCUUUUGCCAGGGAAGAAAUUUUGGGAGUCUGAUGAUUCAACCAAGGAUGGACCAAAAGGAAUAUUUUUGGGUGAUCAGUGGAGAGACAGUGCUUGGGGCGCAUCAGAUCAUUCUGUUUCCCAACCAAUCAUGGUUCAGAGAAGACCUGGUCAGGGAUUCCAUGUGAAUAAUGAGGUUAACUCAGUGCUGUCACCACGAUCAGAAAGUGGUGGACUUGGAGUUAGCAUGGUAGAGUAUGUGUUGAGCUCAUCCCCUGGGGAUUCAUGUCUCAGAAAAGGAGGAUUUGGGCCGAGGGAUGCAGAAAAUGAUGACAGUGAUAAAAAUGACAAGAAAAAUAAGGGCACGUUUGAUGGAGAUAAAUUGGGUGAUUUGAAGGAAGAGGGAGAUGUAAUGGACAAGGCCAAUGGCUUGCCUGUACAAAAUGGAAUUGAUGCUGAUGCAAAAGAUUUUAGCCGGACACCUGGCAACUGCCAGAACUCUGUAAAUGAUGUGGAUCUUUUAGGGCCAAACCAGAAUGGGUCUGAGGGCUUAGCACAGCUAGCUAGUACUAAUGGUGCAAAGCCUGUGGAGGAUUUCUCAAACAUUGAGUCCCAGAGUGUUUCACUGGACCCUAUGGAACAUGUUGGAAUGGAGCCACUUCAGUUUGAUUACUCUGGCACUCAGGUACCUGUGGACUCAGCUGCAGCAACUGUGGGCUUAUUUGACUACAGUUCUCAACAACAGUUAUUCCAAAGACCGAAUGCACUUGCUGUUCAGCAGCUGACAGCAGCCCAACAACAGCAAUAUGCAUUGGCAGCUGCUCAUCAGCCACACAUAGGUUUAGCUCCUGCUGCCUUUGUGCCCAAUCCAUACAUCAUCAGUGCUGCUCCACCAGGAACGGAUCCUUAUGCAGCAGGACUUGCAGCGGCUGCAACAUUAGGGCCUGCAGUUGUCCCUCACCAGUACUAUGGAGUGGCUCCCUGGGGAGUUUAUCCUGCCAGUCUCUUCCAGCAGCAAGCUGCUGCUGCUGCUGCUGCCACCAAUUCCUCAAAUCAGCAGACCACUCAGCAGACCCAGCAAGGACAGCAGCAGGUUCUCCGUGGGGGAGCCAGUCAGCGCCCUUUGACACCAAAUCAAAGCCAGCAGGGCCAGCAAACUGAUCCAUUGGUGGCUGCAGCAGCAGUAAAUUCAGCUCUUGCAUUUGGACAAGGCCUGGCAGCAGGAAUGCCAGGCUAUCCAGUGCUGGCUCCUGCAGCUUACUAUGACCAAACAGGUGCUCUCGUGGUGAAUACAGGGGCCAGGAAUGGCCUAGGAGCCCCAGUACGGCUGGUAGCCCCUGCUCCUGUCAUCAUCAGUUCCUCAGCAGCGCAAGCAGCAGUGGCAGCUGCUGCUGCUUCAGCAAAUGGAGCUGCUGGUGGUCUAGCAGGAACAACCAAUGGUCCAUUUCGCCCCCUUGGAACUCAGCAGCCACAGCCACAGCAGCAACCCACCAGCAACUUAGCUUCCAGCUCCUUCUAUGGCAACAACUCUCUAACUAGCAAUUCCCAGAGCAGCUCACUCUUUUCUCAGGGCUCUGCCCAGCCUGCCAAUACUUCCCUUGGCUUUGGGAGCAGCAGUUCCCUUGGUGCUACCCUGGGGUCUGCACUGGGAGGCUUUGGAACAGCAGUUGCAAACUCUAACACAGGCAGUGGCUCUCGACGAGACUCCCUUACAAGCAGUAGUGACCUGUAUAAGAGGACAUCUAGCAAUUUGACUCCUAUUGGACACAGUUUUUACAAUGGCCUUGGGUUUUCCUCUUCUCCGGGGCCUGUUGGCAUGCCUUUGCCUAGUCAGGGACCUGGCCAUUCUCAGACUCCACCGCCAUCCUUGUCUUCUCACGGAUCCUCUUCAAGCUUAAAUCUUGGAGGUCUCACAAAUGGAAGUGGACGUUAUAUCUCUGCUGCUCCUGGAGCUGAAGCCAAGUAUCGCAGUGCAAGCAGUGCCUCCAGCCUCUUCAGCCCCAGCAGUACACUCUUUCCUUCUUCACGCUUACGCUAUGGGAUGUCUGAUGUCAUGCCUUCCGGUCGCAGCAGGCUGCUUGAGGACUUCCGGAAUAACCGGUAUCCAAAUCUGCAACUGAGAGAGAUUGCUGGGCAUAUAAUGGAGUUCUCCCAGGACCAACAUGGAUCCAGGUUUAUCCAACUUAAACUGGAACGUGCCACUCCAGCUGAACGGCAGCUUGUCUUUAAUGAAAUCCUACAGGCAGCUUAUCAGCUGAUGGUUGAUGUAUUUGGAAACUAUGUAAUCCAGAAAUUCUUUGAGUUUGGUAGCCUAGAACAAAAACUUGCUUUGGCAGAACGUAUUCGUGGCCACGUUCUCUCCCUGGCUUUGCAAAUGUACGGCUGCAGAGUUAUACAGAAGGCCCUUGAGUUUAUCCCUCCAGACCAGCAGGUAAUUGUAAGUUUCCACUUUAACUUUACUUCUUGAUGUUAGAUGUUCUUGUUUUUGUUGAUGUUGUUAAUUAAAAUUAAACUGUUAGG